AUGUGCAAGAAAAAGGUGUUGACGAUUCAUCAUCAGCGGAUGCAAGUGCCACAAUACGAUUUCGAAGAUCAGCGACCAAGACACGAAAUGCUGACGACGACCAUCAUCAACCCGGCCCUAUACAGUAUGAUGAACAUGAAAAUCCUGUUCCUCCUCAUCAUCGCGUGUGCAUCGGCCUUCCUGACGCAAAUCCCUUCUGCAAAUGCUGACAACGACGAUGAUAAGCUAAUCAAUGUGCAUAAUCAGACUGCGCAAAAGCAACCGAUCAUCAUCCGUGAUGCUGAGCCUAAAGAAACCUCCUCAUCAUCAGAAGAAUCCGAAGAGCUUUCCCCAGAUGAGAAAUGGAAAGCAUUUCGCAACAAGAGACAAGCCCUUGGAGGACCAGGACGUUUCUUCUGGGAUAGACAGUAUUACACCCGGACCAGGCGACCAACUGUCAAAGUUAACUAUGUUACUUAUGCUGGGCGGGGUUGAAUAAGUCGCAAGACUUUUUGGUUUAUUUAGUAAAAAUAUCUGCUGCAUGAAACAGCGAUCAUUUCCAUCCAAUAUAAUUCUCACAAACGUUAAGAACACUCAAUUUAAAACUUUCUCCCUUUCAUUGGUGCAGAAAAAAACAGUGCAAUGUGCUUUAUUGAAAUGCUCAAGUAUAGACGAGUUUUCAAAAUCUUCAACAACAAAAAAAAAAAAAUUCUAUCAGAGAAAUUCAUUGGAAAAAUUACUGAGCAUCAAUGAAAAAUGUAUAUUUACCAUGGCUGACUAAAGUUUGAGCAGCUUCUGAUGAUCCAACUAUUGGAUUGGCUUAAAUCAUUUUUUUAGUUGCUGGUAAAUAUUUUUAGAAUUUUAGAAACCUUUUAUUUUUCUGCACGAGAAAAAUGCAAACUUCCUGCUGCUGGCAACAGCCAACAA